AAGGGAGAUCCUGUGAAGUUUACAUUUCUCAGGCUAGUCAAUAGUUAAUGCCAUCCUGCUCGGUACUAUUGUGCAUUAAUAGAGGAUGGUCUUAUUAAAGACUUCAACGAGAGCGGCCUGCUUUAGUUCAGAGGUAACACCCUGGUGACACCGGCACAGCAUUGGAGCUAUAAACUGUUGUCAACAUGGGGCACUGUUUGUCUCGUAGAAAACCAUCGGAUUUCAGAAUUACCGUGGUGACGGGCGACAAGCCAUACUCGGGUAUGGAUGCUAACUUGAGGAUGAUACUACAUGACGACAUCGGCCGGCAGUCACACGAGUUCAAACUGGAUAACUGGUUCAGAAAUGACUUCGAAAGAGGAGCCAGUGACGAAUUUCGUAUAAACUUACCCGCCGAUAUGAAGUUUGGGAAUGUGGCCAAAGUGGAGUUUUGGCGAGACAAUCGUGGUGUUGGGGCGUCGUGGUACGUGGAGAGGGUAUCGGUAGAAGACAAGCGGACUAAUUCCAUGUUUGUGUUCCCCGUGUACCGCUGGAUUAAGGCACAUUACCAUUACGUCAUUCAACACCUGGACACAAACCUGCCUCAGUUAGAUGAGCAUAAAGAACAGAGAUCUAUGGAGUUACAGGAGAAAAAGAAAAACUACGAGGUUGCGACUAAGGCAGAGGGGAUGCCAGCACAGAUUAAGCAAAUGCCAGAUGAUGAGAAAUUUUCAUGGGAUUACAAGUGGAACAUUUUGAAAACAAAGGCAACAUUGAUAGCCGCCAGUAAAAUAAUUCAGUUGACAUCGGGUGAUUGGGAAAGUCUGUCAUCACUGAAGAAUGUCUACACUAAGGAGCACCUGAUAGAACCAGUGGGUGCACGUCGCUGGACAAAUGACGGCUAUUUUGGACACCAGAGAGUGGCCAGUUGUGGACAUGGGCUUAUCAAACUAUGCACAGAAAUUCCAGAAAAAUUGGGAGUAACUGAUGAACUUUUGAAGCCGUUAUUGGAGGGGAUGACCAUACAGGAAGCCAUCAAAGCAAAGCGAUUAUUUAUUGUGGACUUGGAAAUUUUGAAAGAUUUGCCAUGUGCAAGACCAGAAAGUGUUCUGUGUGCUCCCAUUGCCCUUUUCCUAGAGAACAGUAAGAAGCAGUUAGUGCCCAUUGCCAUCCAGUUGUUCCAACAGAAAGCUCCAGAUAAUCCUGUGUUCCUGCCCUCAGACCAUCCAUGGACUUGGCUUCUGGCCAAAGUCUGGUACAACAACGCUGAUGCGUCUUACCAUCAGGCAUUGACACAUCUCGGUUUCACUCACCUGGUAAUGGAGGGUAUCUCUGUCAUCACCCACAGGAACUUGUCCCAGUCUCAUCCAAUCUUCAAACUCCUCGCUCCACAUUUUCUCUACCUCAUCGCAAUAAACUCACGGGGCCUAGACCUGUUGAUAUCAGAAGGAGGCUGGGUGGACAAAACCAUGACAAUAGGGGUGAAAGGCAUGUUUGAACUCAUCAGGAGAGGUUUAAAUGCUUGGAGAAUGAACGUGGAUGGAAUAAUACCUGAAUGCCUGAAGGAGAGAGGGCUUCUGGAUCAGAACAUCUUACACUACUUCCCCUACAGAGAUGAUGCCCUGCUGCUCCAUGAAGCCAUCCACAGCUAUGUCACUGAGAUGGUCAACCUGUACUAUACCUCCCCAGAGCUGCUGACAGGUGAUUGGGAGAUCCAGGGCUGGGCAGAGGAAAUGGUGCGCCCCAGAGACCAGGGUGGAGUGGGGCUGAAGGGUGUACCUGGUAAUGGUCGCUUCACCUGUAAUGAGGAGCUGAUCAUAGUACUCACCUGUAUCAUCACUACCUGUAGUGUGGGACACGCAGCUGCUAACUUCCCUCAGUAUGAUGAGUACGCCUUCCCCCCCAACUACCCAGGCCUGCUCAGGGGAAUUCCUCCCAAGGACAAGGCAGAGAGAACGGAGAAAGACAUCAUCCACACUAUCCCUGACAAGCCCACCACACUAGACACCAUGGUAGUCACUAAGAUCCUGAGUGGUAAAGGAACCAAAUCCCUGGGGGACUUUGAAGUUAAUUACAUCUUUGAUCCCGAAGCCAGAAAUAUUGUGUCGAAAUUUCGAGCCAGGAUACAAGAGAUUGGCCACACCAUCAAAGAUCGUAACAAGACAAGGAACCCUCCCUACCAUUGGCUGGACCCAGAUCAUGUGCCCAACUCCAUCAGCAUUUAACUCCCUUUUCUCUGUCUUACAGUAGAUGGCAGCACCAUAGCACAUUCUCAACCAGGGCUGUGUUAUGGUUAUUAUUUAUGCAUCAGUGAAAUCAGGCAAACUGUUUAUACCACAAGUUAUUUAUUCAGCCAGCCUUUAUUCAGUUUGUUUGUUUAGUACUUAAUAUAUGUGUGUAUGUGUAUAUGUGAGAUAAAUUGAACAAGGAUAUGUGCAAUGCAUGUAGACCAUAUAAAUGACAUUACUGUCAUUGCGGGCCAGAAUCUUACAGAUUUCAAUAGUCGAGCUGCAAUACAUUGUUUUCAUGUUCAUGGAGGUAUUUUAUUUGCAUCACGUCUAAUAGAAAAUUAGAUUCAGAUCACAGCUGAUGUUUGUAUGUUUUGUAUAAAAUGUUACUGGUACCUUUUAUUUAUACACGAAUUGAUUUGACAAUACCAUUUGUCUCAUUUCUGCAUUAAAGAGUCCCAAACAUUUUCUCUUAACCCGAAAGUCAAGAUGCAUAUUAAAGAUUCAUGUGAAAUGGAUGGAGUAGGAUUAAAGUACAUGUGUAUAUGUCUGUCUGUUCCAUAGAUCAUUGAUGUACAGUGUAUUUAACGAAAGUUUACUGGAACCAUUCUUCAGUUUUUAGUCCAGAUAUAUCCAUAUACAUACUGGUUGUGAUUGACACCGUGGGAAUUGUUGAUACCAAAUUCAAGCAAAGAAAUAAACACAAAGGCCAAAACUACAACAAAUGCAUUACAGACAGGGCUUCUUCACUAUACUUCAGCAUUUUGAUUGGUUAAUUGAUUUAUGCAAAUGUAAGUUACCAUGUUUACUCAACCUGCCAGCAACCUGCGGAUGGUCGUAGGUUUCCCCCAGGGUCUGCUCAGUUUCCUCCCACUAUAAUGCUGGUCGCCGUCGUAUAAGUGAAAUGCUCUUGAGUACGGCAUAAGAAAGCAAUCAAAUAAAUUAAAUAAAUCAAUGUAGAUAAGAAUACAACUUCACUCCGCUCAAUGCUUGGUUACCCUGUAUACUCAACAUUUAUGCAACUAAUCAUGGUAGUAGUUAUAAUUCAUCCAACACAUUGAUUGGCCACC